AUGGACAGCGUAGUUGACUCUCUAAAUAAUGCUUAUCAAGAUUUUAUUGCUGCUGCAAAUGUGCUAGAGUGCAAAAGAAAUGUUGGUGCCCUUAAAACAACAACAACAGAUACUGCUCUAGAAAAGUUCAAGCAGAAGUGGGAAGUGUUAUCCCACAAACAAACAACUAACGUUUCUCGAUAUUAUCAAUGUCAACGUCUCAAAAUAGUAAAGGGAUACAAAUUGAUGCCUCGAUUGUGUCGUGCAAGCAUGAUGACCACGACAAUAGCAAGUGAAGAUGUUCAUAGGGAGGAGGUGAAGCUAUUAAAAGCUCUGUCUGGCCGUAAGCAUCGCAUCAAAUUCCAUGAUGCUUGUGAGGAUGCCAAUAAGGUGACGUAGUUGUGGUGUUUGCUUGCACAUCUGAGGAUAUAAAUAACCUUGCCCAUGCUAAUGGAUUCUGUCAUGGAUGGAACAACUAAAGCUUCGUGUCGUAUUGCUAAAGAUAAUACUCAUUUUGUGAUGGAUAUUGCUAAAGAUAAUACUCAUUUUGUGAUGGAUGGAACAACUAAAGCUUUAUGUCGCGUUGCUAAAGAUAAUACUCAUAUCGCGAUGGUUUCUCGCACUCAUGGGCAAUUGGUGCAUUGGUUGAGGAUAUAAGAAUCAACUUUGAAGUUAAGUGACAAUUAAUUUGUUCUUUUAACUUUGAACUCGUGCUGUGUGAAAGAUGGUAGACAAAUACUUUUUUCUUGCAAUUUAUUAGCAUUAUUGUACUUGCACUUUAUUAGUUGCUAGAUUUUCAUUGAAUUUUGCAAUUUUUUUGCACUAUUCUCCGGUUAGCUUCACUAACAAAUUUGGGAAAGGAAAUGAGAUAUUUUCUGUGAGAUUAAGCAGAUAAUGGAAGACACUAUCUCAGGUUGAGGUAUUGGGGAAAUUUGAUGCUGCAGCAAGCAUGUGCAUUGUAAUUUCCAAUUGCACAUCAAAUUUCCCCAAUAUCUCAACCUGAGAUAGUGUCUUCCAUUCUCUGCUUAAUAUCACAACAAAUAUCCUAUUUUCUUUCCCAAAUUCGUUAGUGAAGCUGACCGGAGAAUAGUGCAGAAAAAUUGCAAAGUUCAAUGAAAAUCUAACAACUAAUAAAAUGCAAGUAGAAUAAUGCUAAUGAAUUGCAAGAAAAAAGGAUUUGUCUACCAUCUUUCACACAGCAGGAGUUCGAAAGUUAAAAAAACAAAUUGUUUGUCACUUAACUUCAAAGUUGAUUAUUAUAUACUCAACCAAUGCACAAAUUGUACAUGAGUGCGAGAAAGCAUCACGAUAUGAGUAUUAUCUUUAGCAAUGCGACACAAAGCUUUAGUUGUUUCAUCCAUGACAGAAUGAGUAUUAUCUUUAGCAUAUAAACAAACCUUGAAAACUUAAGGAAAAGAGAGAUGAUUCUUACUUUAGCAAAGAGAUAUAAGAUGAGAGAAGUUGAAAGGAUCAAAAGUCCUCCCCCUUGGAUGAACUCACGGUCAACAAGGAGAGUUUGGUCUUGAAAAUGAAAAAGAGAGAUAGAGAAGUGUUUUACGGGAGAAGGAAAAGUGAUUGGUUUGUAAUAAAAGGCACUUCUUUGGAAUUAAAAGAAUUUUCUUUCCCACAAUUUUACAAUACAUUUUAUCUCUCAAAACAACAAUAAUUA